UUUGUAACCAAAUACAGGGACGGUGUUUCUGAGUCUCAGUUCCAAACGGUGUUGGACUACGAGCAUAGAAAACUACUGGAGGGUUGCCGUAAGGCCGGCAUAACUACUCCACCAAAAGUGACUUUCGUAACGGUGCAGAAGCGACACCACACCCGCUUCCGUCCGGCCGACCCCAGACAAGGCACCGGACGUAUGAAAAACAUUCCGGCGGGCACUACAGUCGACUCGCAUGUCGUCCACCCGACAGACUUUGACUUCUACUUGUGCUCACACGAGGGCAUUCAGGGUACGAGUCGUCCGACCCAUUACUAUGUCCUCCACGACGACUAUGGCUUCAGCGCUGAUGAGCUCCAGAAGCUCUCGUACUACAUGUGCUAUACGUACGCGCGUUGCGAUAAGCCUAUAAGCAUACCGGCGCCCGUACAGUACGCCCAUUUGGCCGCGUACAGGGCUCGCAACCAUAUAUUGUCGUACAAUCAACGCGCUGCUGAAUCUGCCGCCGACGCAGCCAGUGGUUCGGGUGCCGGUCGAGGCCGCGGUCGUGGUCGCGGAGCCCCCGCCGCGCCCGCACGUCACGGUCCGCCCCGCGACGAGUCCGACGCCGACCGUAAGAUACGUGAAAACAAAGCGGCCGCGCAAAUCAAUUCCAGUAUCCGAGUGAACGCGUCGCUCAAAAAUAACAUGUAUUACUGUUAAACUAAUCGGCGGCUCCGGGAGUCGCGUGCAGUGACUCCCAACUUGUGGGCACCGCCGCAGUAUUGAUAGCACACAUGUGUUAAUUCUAUUGUUAUUCAUUGCAACC